UUCUCGAACGGACGGCCAGUGGGGGCCGAGAGAUCCCGAGCCCUGUGGCUAAUCCAACCGAGCCCACCAUUGAUGCCUGCAUGAUAAACCAUCAGGGUUCAAACCUACAUCUAUUGAUUCAAGCACACUGGCUGACGGAAUGCUCACUGUUGCAGUCACUGAGUCCAUUAGCCAACAGUGACACAGCAGGUAGUUUUCUAUGCUCACAAGAAAACAUGCCAUUAGUAAAGAGGAACAUUGAACCUAGGCACCUCUGUCAUGGUGCUUUGCCUGAAGGAAUUAGCAAUGAACUGGAAUGUGUCACAAACAAUACGCUAGCGGCUAUCAUUCGUCAGCUCAGCAGUCUCAGCAAACAUGCAGAAGACAUUUUUGGUGAACUGUUUAAUGAAGCCAGUAACUUCCAUAUCCGAGCAAACUCUCUUCAAGAUAGAAUUGAUCGUUUGGCUGUCAAAGUUACUCAACUGGACUCUACAGUGGAGGAAGUUUCCUUACAGGAUAUUAACAUGAGGAAAGCUUUCAAGAGCUCCACAAUGCAAGACCAACAAGUUGUUUCAAAGCGUUCAACUCCAAACCCAGUGUUGGAAAUGUAUAAUAAGAGUGAUAAGCCUCCUCCACUGAACAUUCUCUCACAGUACAGAGAUGACAAAAAAGAUGGGCUUAAGUUUUACACAGAUCCAUCUUAUUUCUUUGACUUGUGGAAAGAGAAGAUGCUACAGGAUACUGAAGAUAAGAGGAAAGAGAAAAGAAGACAGAAGGAGCAGAAACGUGUAGAUGGCACAACCCGUGAGGUGAAAAAAGUUAGAAAGGCCAAGAACAGGCGGCAGGAGUGGAAUAUGAUGGCGUAUGACAAAGAACUUAGACCUGACAACAGGUUAUCUCAAAAUUUGUGCCAUGGAGUAUCUUCAGAGGGAUCAGUUUCCCCAAGCAAUAGAUCCCAUGGAUCAGAUCUCACAGAUUAUUCAUACCCUGCUACCCCAAACCAUCAUUCGCAGCAGCAACAAAUGCCAGCUUCAUAUUUGCCAGAUGAUAACCAACAACUGGCAACUGGAAAUCAAGUUCAGGAACAUGAUUGCAGAUCUGCUGCAACAGGAUUUAGACACACUACAUUGAAUAGACCUCAACAACCCCCACCACCUCCACCACCAACUACUGUAAAUGAUGCCCGUCCAUUACCACAACAACCAGUGGACCACAGUGUACCACCUCCUCCUCAGAUGAUGGAAUAUUACAAUUCAACAGGCCCUGCUCUGCUUCCCCCUGACCCAGUAAUUCCAUCAGCACAAACAGCCUUUGUCAGUCCACUCCAAGUGCCUGCUCCUCCAACUUCCCAUCCUGGAUCAAUGGUAGGGGUUGCUCUUACUUCAUCCCCAAUGCCACCUGGGGCAGUUACUCCACUUGGUCCUCCGGUACCUCCUCCACCUCCGCCUCCGGCUCUGCCAGCACCACCUUCUUCCCUUGCAUCUUCUCCAAUGCACUGUCAACUUGUAGUUGAAAACAAACGGCAUGAACCAGCAAGUACUCCCCUCAAUGAUGCCAGAAGUGAUCUCCUUGCUGCUAUUCGUGUGGGAAUUCAACUGAAAAAAGUUCAAGAGCAACGCGAGCAAGAAGCUAAGCGAGAGCCAGUUGGGAAUGAUGUGGCAACUAUUCUGUCAAGACGUAUUGCUGUGGAAUAUAGUGAUUCAGAUGAUGAUUCGGAGUUUGAUGAGAAUGAUUGGUCUGACUAGCAGCAUGGGUGCUACAAUAGUUUUAUUAAAUGUUAUUUCAUAAAUUAUUACAAAAAGUAAUAUGGAACAAAUCUGAAACAAUAUAGUUAUUUAAAUGGAUUUUGGAUGAAGUAAGAAAGAAUGCUGGAGUGUUGUGAUUGUUUCGAUAGCUAAUGAUUUACAAGAUUUAUUCAUAAAUUGAAUUAUUUAAACACACCACCCAGGAGUGUGACCGAUUUACUUUUUUUUGUUAGGAUUGUAGAAGUACAGCUGUUUAUUUACAAUGAACAUACCUUGUAGGAACAGAUUAAGAAACUCAUAAUCAAAUGCCAAUUAGUAUGCCAUUUCAUUAUCAGCUUCAGUGUUAUUGAAAAUGCUUCAUUGAUGUAUGAAAAAAUUGUUAAAUUUCGAAACAUAGAAAUUGAGCAUUAUAUUUUCGAUUUUGGCAGGUGAAAAUUAUCCCCAGUGUCCUGGCAAAUAUUUGCCACCUAAGUUAUUGAAUCCAGCAAUUAAUGUAUACAUUGCUCCUAUAAACAAACAACAACAGGUUAUUAAUCAUUUUUUUGUUACAACAGUGACUUCACUUGUAAGCACAUCAUGGGCAACAGACAGCUUUCAAUUUUCAUAAAACGGAUGUGAAUAUUGUUAUAUAAAUCCAAGCCUGCUGUUCUUUCUUUGAAGUAGCUCCACAGAUCGAGAAUGAAUGGAUCCCUGGACAGAAAUGAAUCUGCUUAGCACAGGAUUCAAUAUCCUUUCAACUUGAACUCAGCAAGACUCCACAUUUUCCCCUUCACAAAGGAGGAAAGUUACUAGUUAAGGAUUAGAUAAACUAGAGUUAACUUUUCAUUAAACUUAAAGGACUAUUUAUCCAUACAGUAUAAACUUUGAGAAUAAUAACUGCAAAAUAGCUAGGUACACUAUUAUUUUGCAGUCAAGAUUUGCAACUCAUUCAUUCUCAAUCUACUAGUUUUAUUUUGAUAUUUUAAAUUAUUACCCCUCUAAAUAGUACCUUAAAUUGGAAAAAUUAUAUUAUAAUAUUACACAGAAAUGUAAUAUUAUUCUGCUGAUGUACAAUACUUAUGAGGUAGACAUCAAGAUAUAUUGCCAGUAGUUCAGGCUUUAUUUUAAUUCCUGUAUACAUUGUCAUAGAUCUUCUAUGUAAUUCGAAUAAGUCCCAUUUCUUUGGUAUUACUGUUCUUGUUUUAAUAUAUUUGCAGUAUUAACAAUUUUAAAAAUGAUGCAUCAAAGCCACUUUGUAAACAUAGGUUAUGCUUGAUUUGUUUCAUACUGAAUUUCCAUUUACAACAAUUUAUUUUCUAAUCUUAUAGAUGUGUAAAAUUAUAA